AUGAGUUCACAGGAGCAUUUUGCCAACAUUAGGGCACAGGAAAGCAUACAGCUCAACAAAAAAAUACUUCUGUAUAUCCAAGACGGCACGUCACUUGGAUUUGGAUGUGGAGCAGGUAUUCUACAAUUGGAGGGCUUGCGUGGAUUUCAAUUUUUUGCAGCUUCCUAUUUGACAGUGGUGGCUCUGUACGUGGGAUGGUUUUGUCGGUUUAAGCCUGCCAAAUAUUACCAGAGCCCGAUUCAAGAGAUUUUGGUGGACCCGUUGUUUAGAGAGCUUGCCGGGUUUGUGAUGGCCUGGACAUUCGUCCACGCAUUGGUUGGGUAG